ACCAGCUUCACAUCCUCAUGCAAUGCCGGCGAAUUGCGUGGCGCGCAGCAUGUCGAGCCAGCAAUGCCUACAGUCCGUCGCUGGCUCUACGAGCAGCAUUUGGCAUCGCUGCAACACGAAAAAGCGAAGAUGAACGCACUGCAUCAUCGUGGGAGGCAACAGAAUGGGGAGAGAUGACACUUAACGGGACACGUAUUCCGGAAGGAGACCAGAAGGCCACUGUCAAAGCGGUCGCGCCCGGUCCAGGCCAUGGCAAGAGCAAGAAGAUCGUACAAGAAGGUAUCGGACAUUGCGAACAGCGAUUGCAGGCCGAGGAGGCUCACACGCAGACGCAUACUCGACAUGGCCAGGAGGAGAAGGACGAGGAGAAGGACGAGGAGAAGGACGAGGACGAGAAGAAGGACAGCACGGCAACCGUGGAGUCUCUCUCUUUCAUGGAAGAACGCGACAGAAGCAAACGCCUUGCGACUCGCAUGUUGGCUCAUGCUGCUGAUAGGCUUGCCAAUGGUAACUGUAUGUAUUCUUUGUCGGAUCCCAGGGUCUGGUUUCGAUGUCACCGUGGCGAAAGAUUUCUAGACGCAGAGAGCUGGAAGCCCCAUAUUAGCAAGCUAGCCACAUUACGUCGCGAACUGCAUCACGAGAAGAGCGACCACAGCGCGAUUUCGGCACUGGAUCAACAGACCCGAAUGCUCGCCUUUGAUUACGCUCCUAUGGUCAUCUUGCCUCGUGCGCCUACUGCUGAGCAAGGUGCGCUUCCUCCAGCACCGUGGGAAGUGCAGCCGAAAGAACUGCGGCUCUCCCGAACAAGUGGCGACGGAAACGCCGUCAAUUGGCUGAAUAUUGAGAUUUCACGGUUCGUCGAGUUCAUGAAACCGACGCCAGUGGAACGCAUUGCGCGGCAGGCGGCCACGGAACAAGUCCGAAAAUUCAUCCAUGAAAGCUUGUCACCUCCUGUGCAGGCUUUCACGAGCCUCGAGGUUCAUGGUUCUGAGAGGAAUGGUCUUGCAAUGGCAACAUCCGAUGUCGACCUUCGCAUAUGGGCAACAGACGGGAAGACAACCAGGAAACCACCGUUCGAGUAUUCAAAAAGGAUGUACAGCCGUAUGGGCCACAUAUACAAGGCCUUGCGCAAGGAGCCACAGUACUUCAGCACGGUCACGCUUCGUGACAGCUUCCACCCCAUCAUCAACUUUCAUCACAAGCCUUCCGGCCUCGAUUUCCAGAUCGUGGCGACAAGCUCCUCGAAACCUCAGGAAGAAGCUACUCGUAGCUACCUCGCUCAGAUUCCCUACCUCUACGAUCUCUUCGUGGUCAUGCGCACCUUUUUCGAAGUCAGGGGCCUUCUAUCCGUCCAUAAUGGAGGCAUUGGCUCGUAUGGCUGCUUCGUAAUGCUUCUGCCUCCGCAACUGCGGCCGCGGUCGGACUCCAUUCCAACUUCUGUGCAUGACGGCACGAAGACAGUUGGCCUGCUGCGUCGCUUUCUCGCAUACUACGAUCCGAGAAAGACAAUCAAUCCCGCCGAACACGGUGUAUCCUGCUUUCCACGUCAGAGGUUCAAGAAACACGAUCCUCAGCCACAGUUCAACCGCUACAUGGCCUCAACACAACGUAGAGGUGACCAAGUGCGGGCCGCGCAAUGGCGUCUGUGUCAACGCAAUGAACACCAGCCCUACCUGUUGACCCUGCAAGACCCUGCAAAUCCUAGCAAUGACCUAGGGUCACGGACGCAUGCCAUCAAACAUAUACUGGGGACCAUGAUCCGGACCCAAGUACUUCUCAAGCAGUGGGUCCACAAGAUGACCGCAGCGGAAGAUCCUACUCGGGCGUAUGAACCGUUUCUGACACAUAUCGUUGGACGUCCAGAUCUCUUGGAUCAGCGUCAGCGAGAACUUCUCCAUGACUAUGGAAGAUCGGUCCUCGCGAAUGGCGGCGAGUCGUCUCCGCACGACAGCAACACGCAGGAGCAAAGUGACCGUGCUGAGGUUGCAUCAGGUGAUCCUGAAAGCGCAGCACCGCUCGUGCGAAAGCAUGAUGCAGGCAUGCGCGUGAGAAGAGUGCUUGCUACGGAUCGAAGAUUGGACUGACCAAACAUUUCACACGAGGCGAUGAGUGAUGAAGUUUCGCACAAAUCAAACUCUAGCAACGGAGUUGUAUCAUCACCAUUAGGUGUAUCUUCCCAUUCUAUUUUUUACUCUCCUCAUCCAAGCCAAGCCCAUCCAUUGUCAGUAACCUCAACUCUCUCAUCGAUGGUCAAUUUUCA